CUUUGCUCAAUUUGCGGGAAGCAGAUCCUGGAUACUACAGGCUAUGUCAUGUCGAGCAAGUAAGCCCGCAAAGUUUUAGACGGAUCACGGAUCUUUUGUUGUCAGUGUUGCUUGUGUAUACUUACAAAUGUGUUACCGUGUCCAUCGCUUCCAGGAUCUAAGAUUCAGGACGCUAUCCUCUUCCUUGGCAUCCAGAAAGGCCCAUCUUUUAACUGGCGAUACCCGGCACAUUUGCUGAUCGACCGAACCUUCCUUUCACGCGUCUUGUCUACCUCAGGUUUGGAUGCCCAGGUCCGUCGCAAGGCAAUCCAUCUGAAAAGCUCUUAAAGGAUUUGAAUUUAUCUGUCAACCCAAGCUACGCGUCGUUCAUUCUUUCAACCAUGAUCUCUACACUCUUUUACCUUUGGUUUUCGCUCCUUUUUCUUUUUUCCUUCGCGGUCGACAUCGACAUGGAGGGUCUGCCUGACACAGGCCUCGAUACCACAGACUGGGUGGAUGGAGAGCUUCCUCCUCUCGAUGACAUGUGGAGUCUGAAUGAUAUGCAAAUCGCUGCUAAGAAUGUCAUCGCGAAACGCUAUUAUGCGUCUUAUAGGACUGCAGCGCUCGAUGAGAUUACAUACCAGGCGAACCUGAACAUUUGGAAAAACGUCCGCCUCAAUGGCUAUAGCUUUCGGGAUGUUUCGAAUAUUGACGUUUCAACAUCUAUUCUAGGUUACAAUUUUUCCUUGCCUUUUUUUAUCGCCCCGGCUGCCAAUGCAGGACAUGCAAAUAAUUCUGCCGAGCUGUCACUAGCAACUGCUGCAGGAAAGGCAGGGAUUUUAUACGUCCCUAGUAUCUCCUCCACGAAGUCCCUAGAGGAGAUCGCAAAUGUCGCGUUGGACGACCAGGUCAUGUUUCACCAGGAAUACAUUUGGUCGAAUCGGUCCCGACUUGUAGAUGAAUUGCAGCGCAUCGAAGCUGCAGGUUACAAGGCCAUCUUUUUGACUGUUGAUAACACCGGAAUUGACGGCAUUAGGACACGUUCAUUGCGAUACACCGGUGAAAGCUCUGAGUCUGGGCAUUCAGCAACCUUCGACUUGGCCUCCCUUGCUGAGAUACGUAAUUUAACAUCUCUUCCUAUCGUUCCCAAGGGUAUCAAAACAGCCGCUGACGCGCAAACUUGCCUUGACCUCGGCUUCCCUGCAAUCUAUGUGUCGAACCACGGUGGACGUACCCUUGAUGGUGCGCCCACUGCGGUGGAAAUUCUCCUUGAUAUCCGUCGGAAUGCUCCAGAGGUGUUUGAGCGGAUGGAGGUAUACGCAGAUGGAGGAGUGAGGAGAGGAAACCAUGUGAUCACGCUUCUGGCGCUUGGUGCAAGGGCUGUAGGACUAGGCCGAAGCCCUAUCUUUGCGAACAUCUGGGGAGAGGAAGGCGUGUCAAGGAUGAUCGAGAUGCUCCAAACAGAGUUUGAGACGACGAUGCAGUUAAUGGGGGAAAGCAAGGUGGCUAACAUCAACUCGAGCUAUAUUAACACAAAGCUGGUCGAGUCGGUGUACUUUGGUAAUUAAAUAUUAUCUAUUUUUACAUCUAUUUUUUAUACUCUCGUUAAAUGGACAUUCCCUUUGUUGCUUAUUGGUUAAAAUGGUUCUUCAAUUUUGUUACGAGA